UUGGCCUGCCUCUUUCUGUCUCAUUGUUCUUGUCUUGUUCUAGUAAUGAGUCGCCGAGCAGCCUCAGCCGCCAGCAGCCAUUGUUGUUGAUUUAUACGACACAAUCAUGAUGGCAGGAGAGAGUGUGCCCGAGGGGCCUGACCUGAAGGGAAUGGGUGAAGAGGAACUCUGGGAACUUAUCAAUGACAACCGCCAUCGGCUGUCCCUGGGGGUACGGCCGUGCAUUCUGAUCCCGUACCUUAGGCAAGCCAGGGUUCUCACUGAGAUGGACGAGGAUGAGAUCCUCUCCAGCCACAACCUCACCAAUCGCUCAAUGAGAACAAGCCAUAUGAUGGAUCUGUUGCGGACCCAGGGUAGGAACGGUGCAGUGGCUUUGCUGGAGAGCCUGAUGAUCCACUACCCAACACUCUACACUCAAAUUACUGGACGCAAACCCAGCUCAGAACCCUCAAGAUUCAGUGGCCUGAUAAAGUAUUCUGAACUGACUGAAUACCUUAUCAGAGCAGUAAGCGGGAUGCAGAAUGAGCUUUGGGAAGCUCGCUCUGAGGCUGGAAGAAAGAGUGCUCGCUGUGCCUCACUUGAGUCUGAGAUUCAGCAGAUAAUGGAGCGCGAGGAAAAGUCCAGAUGCCUUCAGUUGGAAUAUGAGCGCAUACAUAGACACUUGUCUUCACUGCAGCGUGAAGUUACACAAUUGAAGGACGAGAAGUGUGAUUUAUAUGUCCGCUAUACUGCAGCUAUUGAGGAGAAAUCAGCUGUGAGCAUGCGUCUCCAUGACCUCAACUUGCAGAUAUAUCAACUGCAAACAGAACUGCAAAAGGCCAAAACAGAGAGUGACUUGCAGAAACAGCGCUCUCUGAAAGCUUUCCCUGUAGCUGAGGAGUCUCAGCUGCAAGAGGAAGUCAGGAGUCUGCGCUGCCAGUUAGGCAAGAUUGAGAAACUGAACCCAGCUCAUCAGGAUAUUCUGGCUCAGGACCUGGCUGAGGCGAAAGAUAGCCAAGUGGAGCUCGUAGAUCAACUCAAGCGAUAUACGGAAGAAAAUGAAGAAAUGUACAGAGAAAAACAAGAGCUUCUGGAUCAGAAUGAGUGUCUGACCCUCCAAGUGAAGCAGCUGACCCAGGACUGUAACAUGCAUCAACAGACGAGCACUACGAUCCAGAACCAGAUGAGAGAGCUGCAGACAGAGAGAGACCAAGCAUACCUUUCCAGAAACGAGGCCCAGACCCAGAUCGCCCGCAUCCUGGCUGAGAAGGACAUCUUGAGGUCUCAAAUGAUGGGUCUCCAGGAGAGAGCCUUUUAUGUGAAUGCCAAACACAACAUAGAACGGCAGAGCUCUCAUAGUGCUGCUGGCUGGAAGCAUCAUAGAGUCCGCUCUGAAGAGUCACCAUUCCGAAACAGACGAAGACUUUGUCGCAUGGAUGCAAUUAGUCCUUUACCUUUGACUUCACUGAAUCCCUUUACAUCGGAGUGUGAAGAUGCAGUGGCAAGUGUCCGAUCUCGAAAUGCAGAGCCUCCCAGUCCUCAGUCUCUCCGCAAAAGAGAAAGAUCUCUUUUUGUAGACAGCAACCUGGAUACAGUGGAGACUGAUGAUUCUUCAUUGGACGAUUUUGAGAUUCUUCCCACAGUGCUGACAGAAGACAAAAAUUCAACAAGAGACAACCAAGAGACAUCAAGACAGUGUGCGUCUGCUGGGAACAAAGGCACAUACAGCCUGGAUAAAAAUGCUGUACCUACAUUCCUCGUGCGUUCACGUCCAAAAGCAGUGCGCAUUAGUGGCCGCAUAGUCACCAUUGCCUUCCAGGGAGAGGCACUGCUAAGUCAGAUUGCAGUGGUAGGAGGUAAUAAGACUGGAGUCUUUGUGCAUGAUGUAAUAGAAGGGAGUGCGGCACAUACUGUGGGUAUCACCCAUGGAGCACAAAUAGUGGAGGUGAGAUACCAACAGGACGAGAAAGCUCUAAAGAUGGUGUUGGAGGAUUCCACUUUAGAAGAAGCUCUGUGGGCACUUGGUCAGGUCACCGGUCUCUGCCAUCUCUCUUUACGUCCAAGGCAAGAUGACUAUGAGGCAUUGCUUCAGCAAUUGCAGGAGAGUGAGAUGUCAUCAGGUGACUCUUUCUACGUGCGCGUCAACGUGACCAUCCCUGCAAGUCACAAAGGGACACUGAAUGUAUCUUGCAACGACAUUCUACAUGUGACCAACACAAGACCGACAGACACCGAAGAUUCGUGGUAUGCAAAUCAAGUUCAUCCUUGCCAGCUUCUGGCCCUCCACAGUGGAUUAGUACCCAACUACAACAGAGCACAACGACUUCUUAUUCGAGCUAUUGAAGAAAUGAACUUUCAAACAUCUAAGUCUCAAAAGCAAAGGCACAUGAUGGAUCAGAAUACUCAGAAAACAGUGAGGAUUGUCAGCACGGGUUGCCAAGGCCAAAACCCUCUCUGGGUCAGUGUAGAGAAUGAGAAGAGCAUGAGCACAGAGUCGGAUAAAACAUCAGCACCCAGAAGUCUAACCCUCAUGCCCUACACACCGGUCACACCCCACUUUCCACCCAUCUGUCGACCAGUCCUGUUACUACCAUCAAUCCUGGGGCGCAUCCUGGAUAAGAAGGUGGCAGAAUGGCAGGGCUUUGAGAUUUGUGAACCUGAGAAGUUGAGUUCCACUGAACAUUCAGCCCGAAUGCAAAAGUCCGAGCUCCUGGAGGAGUGUGAGCAGGGAAGCAACUGUUGCUACACCUUGCAGUGUGUGGAAAAAGUCAUGAAGAAGGGUAUACAUUGCGUCUUACCUCUUGGGCUGGAUUGUGUACGGCGUCUGCACAGGGCAGAAAUCUUCCCUAUUAUCAUCUUCAUCGGCCAGUCAGCACGCAGCGCACGCAAACUCAAGUCAAAGCUUCACCGUCUCAACUGGUCUGAGGAGCAUCUGCUGGUGUGUUCCAGAAGUGAGGAGACGCUGUUGGACAAACUGCCGUGUUUAUAUCACCGGGUGGCUCCUGACUCAUGGUGUGACCAAACUUCACUACUGGCCAGGUUGCGCACCAUCAUCUGGGAGGAGCAGAGGAAGAUUGUAUGGGUGGAGCCUGACCUGUGGUAAAUGAAACAAUAAACAGGGGAAGAUUUUAAAUUUGUAUUUGCUAGUUCUAGAUAAUUACAAAAAUAUAUUCUACGCAUGAGUAUUUAUCUACAUGGUCAGAGGUACAAAACAAGGUGUGCUUCUCAAAUGAGCACUAGAUCAUUUUUUUCCUCAAGCCACAAAUUUCAUGAAUAAACUAUUCUGCCAUGUGUAUGAAA